AUGUCAAGAAAUGUUGGUGUUCUUGGACAAAUGUCUGAAAUCAACGAUCAUUUGUACCUAUCCGGAGCAGGAGUUUUGAAGCCGGAGAAGAUAAAACAAAGGAAGAUCAAUAUGAUUGUGAAUGCAACUACUGAGGAGCCAUCCACCUAUAUGCAAGGAGUCGACACAAUGAAGAUUCGUAUCGAGGAUCAUCCAUACGCAAGACUCAGUGAGCAUUUCGAUGUGGUUGCUGAUAAAAUUCGUAAUGUCAAGGAAAGAGGAGGAAAAACAUUGGUUCAUUGUAUGGCUGGAGUGUCUCGAUCCGCUUCGUUAGUUAUGAUUUAUUUGGUGAAACAUGAGCAUAUGACACUUCGACAAGCAUAUCAUUAUGUAAAAGCGGCUCGUCCGAUCAUUCGUCCAAACAUCGGAUUCUGGAAACAAAUGGUAGAUUAUGAGAAACGUCUUCGAGGAACUGCUUCAGUCAAAAUGGUUCAAACACCAGAAUGUGAUAUGCCGAUUCCAGAUGUUUAUGCUGAUGAUUUGAGAAGAAUGCAGAUUAAUAGAGAAAUCGCUAGACAUUCUGCACCAUCUUCUCAAAGUUCCACAACAAAGCAAAGAGCUUUUUCAGCAAGCACGUACCGUCCAUCAGUUCCAUCUGCUUCCUCCCUUGCCACAUCAUCACUUCGUCGGGCGUACAGUCCAUCAUCUCUUCCUCCAUCAAGUCUUGCUCUCACAACUUCAUACAGCCUUUUCUCUCCAGCACCUACCCGGAAACCACGUCAAAGUCUCUUCUCAAUGUAUUCCACUUCGCCACGUCACAACUUCUUCUCUGCGUUCUAA